CUUGACUUAGGCACCUUAUGUGCUGGGCAAGCGGCUUGCAUAAUAUCUGAUUUUGUAAUGGAUCUGUGACGUUUUCGACCAUUUAAUUAAUUUAGCUUAAUAUUCGUUAAGGAUGGUUCCAUUCAUAGGAAAUAUAUUAUUUAAAACAGUGGUGAACAACUCAACAAAAAACUCUCCCAGUUGCUGGAAAUGUUUGUCUAAAUUAUCUGGACCUUCCUACUUUCAUUCUGUGCCAAGGAAUUUUCAUCAUUCAAUUAGUAACUUCAGCAAAACGUUGAAUAAACCAAGACAAAAGCUUACUUUUUUAACAAACUGUGUAAGAUUUCAGUCAUCCAAGUCGGAUUCUGGUGCAGCAGAUAGAUUGCGUUAUUCUAUAGCAGUGGCCAUUGUUAUGACAGGAGCUACUAUUUUAUCUGUUCCCCUGUACAGAGUCUUCUGUCAGAAAACUGGCAGAGGAGGUAAGGCCGUCAAGCUGAGCAAUGAAAAAGUGGAGGCCAUGAAACCACAGGAUAAAGUGAUCACAGUUAAAUUUAAUGCUGACCGAUCCGCUCAGAUGCAGUGGCAGUUUAAACCUCAGCAAAAGGAGAUUCAGGUUAGAGUAGGAGAGACUGCCUUGGCAUUUUACACAGCCAAAAACCCCACAGACAAACCCAUCAUAGGGAUUUCUACCUAUACCAUAGUUCCCUGGCAAGCUGGAUACUACUUCAAUAAAAUACAGUGUUUUUGUUUUGAGGAGCAGAGGUUAGAACCAGGAGAAGAGGUAACAGUUUUAUAA